CUUAUGGUUCUUCAAACUUUCGAAUGAGUGGCCCCCGUGAGUUCCUGAACUCAGCGAAAGUUGGUGGAAGAGACAUAGAAUUGUUUCAGAUGUGCUCUAGAUACGGUCACGAUUCGUUUGAACAAUUAGCACCACAAAGACAAUUGAGUGUAGAUCAAUUUUGGUAACAGAUAGCGUAGCACUGAUGCUAAAACGAUGUGAUCAUACAUCAGUCUAACAUUUUCGGGUCUUUCGAGAACAUCGUAAUCCCCACGACCAUGAAAAGUCUACGAUUGCGUUUAAUACCACUGUACGCGCUCCUUUUUUCGUUUCUUCUACUGACGUCCGUUAUUACCGCCGAUGCAUCCUCCGAUGUGCAAGAGUGUCCUGUAAAUCGUGUGCUGUCCGAACGUUCCAAGCGCUGGAUCUUGAGCUUCCCCAUCAAUGGUGGUUUCGCAAAGAUGGUGCUUGGUUUUCUUUCCCCGAUUCGAUUCCACCACACACUGCCACGAAGCUGUAAUUUGUCAUUCAACAUGCAGGCCGUCUAUCGCAUCCUGCCCAAUAUCAUUUUCCCUCGACCGGAAACCAUAUUCAAAAAUCGAGCCAAUAGUGAGUAUACCGACACAAGUCGGAAGCAGUUUUACGAGCUGGUGGAGCGAAUGCUGACGACCUGGAACCGUAACGGCCGCACCUGUUUGUUGCGUACGAUCUGUGAGAUUGCCGAAACGUCGUUGCGACACAAUGGAUUAAUUGGAGAACUGUUUGAAGUUAUCUUCACACCUCACGAGACGGAUGAACUGGACAGUGCAUAUACAAUGGCACGCAAAUACGGCUCGAAUGGCGUGGAUUGCAUGAGGAUGUACGCCGAAUGUCCUCUAGGACAUGGUUUGCUCGAUACUAUCAGUGCUAUUCAAAUGUAAA